GAAAUGACUGUUGAAAGCCACUCUGCUCAUCAUCAAACAAUUUCGCCACGUCCUAGGCCCGUUUCGUCAGCGCCUCACGCUCGUGAAGAUUUGCGGCGCCAGAUUGAACGAAAUCGUCUUUCAAGACAUAGCGCGGAAGAAAUUGAAACUCUUCGAAAACGCUUGGCUGAACUUGAGACUCGACAGAAGUCGCAGGAAGACUCUCCCCGACAUGUUACGACGUCGGGAAAUGUCAUUAUUGAAGCAGAUUCACCUUUAGCUCCGCAACUUACUGCGGAGGCACUUCCCGUUAAGGUAAAAAUCCCGCAAAUCGGCAUGUAUGAUGGGACAUCAGAUCCAGAUGCGCACUUGGGCCAUUAUACAUCCUGGAUGGAUUUACAUGGUGCUUCAGAUGCUUUGAGAUGUCGGAUGUUUUCGCUUACACUGGGGCCACGAGCACAAAAAUGCACUCCGGGACAUAAUGCCGAGAAACGAGUCAUGAAUGUUGAUCUUCGAGAUACCAUCAACAAACGGAAUUGUCCUAUCACAUUCAGUAUCGAAGAUGCCAAUCUAUUUGCUCAUCCUCAUUCCGACGCCCUUAUCAUAACAGCCCCGAUUGGAGGGAUUCCUGUUCAUCGGAUUCUGGUCGACACAGGAGCUUACUCGAGCAUUUUGAUGCUUCGCACGUUCAAAAAAUUGGGUUUGGACCCAGCAGACAUUAGGCCUUGCAACGACCAAAUUCAAGGUUUCAAUGGAAGCAUUUCUUGCCCUGUCGGCGAAAUACUACUCCCUAUUCAGUUUGGUGGCUUUGGACCAAAAUCCAAGAUCAUUAUGGAGACUUUCAAAGUCUUGGAUGUCCAGAACGAGUAUAACGCUGUAAUAGGACGAACUGCACUCUACAAACUUCAUGCUGCUGUGUCAAUUUUUCAUUAUGCCUUGAAGUUUCCCACCAUUGAAGGGGAAGACACUCAUUACGGAGAUCAACGAGAAGCCCGAAGUCUGAUAACCGAUCAGUUCGUUCCAAAUACCGACAUGCCUCGAGCAGAUACCGACAUGCCUCUUACGGACACCAAUAUCCCUAUGACGUCGGUUUCGCCUGAAACAUUAACUGAAGUCCUUGAUCAAGAGCAACCUUUUCAUGAGAAAGACAUAGAAAUGCACGAAGAUAUGGAUCCACGGAUGCAGUUCAAGGAUGGAAAUCGUCAUGUCCGAGCGGAACCAGUUGAAGAUGUCGAAACCAUUUACGUGGAUGGAUCGACUCAACAAAAAUCACUCCGCAUUGGAGCUAACCUUCAAGAACCCAUUCGAUCAAGCUUAAUUCAAUUCCUUCAGUCAAACUCCGAUGUGUUCGCUUGGAAGCAUGAAGAUAUGAAAGGAAUUGACCCGCAGAAAGCAUGUCAUCGCUUGAAUUUGGAUAAGACUGUCAAGCCCGUUAUCCAGAAACGCCGGAAAUUCGGCCCAGAUCGCCAGAAGGCCCUUGAAGAGGAAGUAAACAAGCUCAUAGACAAUAAGUUCGUCAAAGAAGCCAAAUACCCGACGUGUAUAUCAAAUCCUGUCUUGGUCAAAAAAGCCACCGGUCUUUGGCGUCUGUGUAUAGAUUUUUCAGAUUUAAAUCAAGCGUGUCCGAAAGAUAGCUACCCCAUUCCACACAUUGAUUACAUGAUGGAUGCUACAUCGGGACAUCAACUUAUGAGUUUCUUGGAUGCCUAUUCUGGCUAUAAUCAAAUUCCCAUGCACCCUGAUGACGCUGAACAUACCUCGUUCUACUCAGCUCGAGGCCUUUAUUAUUAUGUCAUGAUGACUUUUGGAUUGAAGAACGCAGGGGCCACGUACCAAAGGUUGGUCAAUAAGAUGUUUGCUCGUUUGAUCGGCCACACGAUGGAAGUUUACGUGGACGACAUGUUAGUGAAAUCGGAACAGGCCUCUGAUCACAUUGCCCAUCUUUCCGAGGUCUUCGAUAUUCUUAGAGAGUAUUCUAUGGUGCUUAAUCCCAAGAAGUGUACUUUUGGAGUUGGAUCAGGGAAGUUUUUAGGGUACAUGGUGAGUCAGAGAGGGAUCGAGGCCAAUCCUGCCAAGAUUCAAGCCAUACUUGACCUGGCUCCCCCGACAUCUAUUAAGGCUGUUCAAGCUUUAACUGGUCGACUGGCAGCUCUCAAUCGAUUCAUUUCAAAAUCUACAGAUCAUUGCAAGCCGUUCUUUGACGCUAUCAAAAAGAAGAAGCCAUUCGAAUGGACUACGGAAUGUCAGAAUGCUUUUGACAACAUCAAAGAAGUUCUUUCACGGUUACCGACGUUGCAGAAGCCACUUCCUGAUGAGCCUCUGUAUUUGUACCUGGGUGUAAGUGACGUGGCUGUUAGUGCUGUUCUUAUACGACAAGAUGGGCUUCAACAGUUCCCGAUAUAUUACGUUAGCAAGGCCUUACAUGACGCUGAAUUGCGAUAUCCGUAUAUGGAGAAGUUAGCCUUUGCUCUGAUCAUCGCUGCACGGAAGGUGCGCCCAUAUUUUUUGGAACAUUCAAUUGUCGUAUUCACAACAUACCCUCUCCGACAAGUCCUUCACCGACCAGACACGUCGGGAAGAAUGAUCAAGUGGGCGAUAGAAUUGGGACAGUUUGAUCUUCAGUACCGACCACGAACCGCUAUCAAAGCUCAA